GAAACGGGCAGAGGAACAUGGCGCAGGGUCGAUGAGGAGGACGCUGAACAAUUGAGGAUUAUAUUCCGUGGAUAUUUCGGAGAUCAUGCUGAAAUCCUAAAAUGAGAAUGUGAAAUGGUUUCACUUCCGAAAUCUUGGAUAUCUACCACUGCCCCUUUGAUGAAUAAUAGGAAAACGCCUCUCAGGAAUACCUGCAAUUGCAUUCAUAAACAUUUUUUUAGGACUUACAACCCCUGAGCAUUGUUUUUUUAUUCACAAACGUCACAUUUUCAUCUAAAUAUUACAUGGGAAAAUGGCUGAGAGAAAUAAAAUGAUUAUAGAGGUCCCACAAGGAGUUGAUAGACUUCGAGUGGAGCAUAAAAAGGUAAAACAAUGAAUUAGCUUGCUACUGUAGCUAACGUUACCUGGCUAGCGUGAGCUGUGCGUGUUGAUCAUUCAACAUAAUUUUGCAAAUCGUUUUGCAUUUUCGUGAGAUGAGACCUAACAUGCAUUCUCUUUCAGCAGGUUGCAUAUUCAUUUAUGCGCGCGUUGCCUCUUCGACAGAUCAUUUAUCGUGGACAUUUUCUAAACCUUUUUUUUCUAGAAGCUUCCUUGAGGUAGCGGUCACAUGUUGCUUGUUGUUUAUUUCAGCGUGGAUCCUGGACAAGCCAUGUUGUGUACAACCAUCGAGUAUGCAUAAUCAAGUUUGUCAAUUUCUCUGAUAUUGACCCAUGUUUAUCUAUUUCAGCAAGUACAAAGCAUGGAAAGGAAACAAAUUAACCAUGCACGUAACAAUACACAAGCAUUUCCUUGUGCGGCCGGCCUACUGCCCAUUAAAAAUUAACCUAGAUUCAACAUCCAUAACUAACUACUUUAAUCUUAUCUAAAUGUAAAGCGAAUAUCAAUCCAAAGUGUAGGGCAUUGAUGACUGAUGAUGUUUAAUAAAAGGCAUUUACUGGCAAUGCAAAUGCAGUACAGGACAACAGUGAAGAAAGAACCAGCUAGCUAGCUACUGUUAGUCAGUUGGCAAAGUCAUGUUCUUGUUGUGUUACAUUAGAAUUGGAGUCAUGCAGUAUGCAAUUGAGGGCGCAACUUCAUGCCUUUCAAAUAGAAACAUAGGCUAAUGUGUUGGUGUUGGGACAUGCUCUACCCAAAGUGUAGUACUGUAGUAGGCUACUUCCUGGUAUGACAUUUACAUUUAAGUCAUUUAGCAGACGCUCUUAUCCAGAGCGACUUACAAAUUGGACAUUCAUUGCAAAGUAUGCAGAUGCCCCUUCCUGCCCCCAGGUUGGUGCUCCUGUGUAUGUGGUGCAAGGCUGCGAAGGUCAGAUCCAGCACUGGGCGAAGGUAAAGGGUGACUAUGAAACCCUUGAGGAUCGACUCAAAACUCUUCCAGAUCAGGUGUCCUAUGACAUCAUGGUGCCAUUUGGCCCUCUGGCCUUCAUGCCUGGGAAGCUGGUCCAUACCAAUGAGAUCACCGUGCUGCUGGGGGACAACUGGUUUGCAAAGUGCUCUGCCAAGCAGGCCCAGAAGCUCGUGGAGCACAGGAAGAAAUAUGUAAAUAGUGCGCUGGAUGACUUGCACAAGACGAGGAAGGACUUUGAAGCCAGAGUUGGGUUUACAGAGGAUCUAGAAAAACUCUCAGGCGCUAAAGGGGACUAUGUGGACAUCAGAGAAGAGGUUGGAAGUAUUGAAGAAAUGGUCAGCAAAGGAAAGCUGCGUGUGGCUCUUAAGCCCCACUCUAAGCCCAAGAUGGAGGCUGUUGUGAAGAUAGAGGAGGAAGAGGAGGAGGAGGACGAAGAGGGCAGUGGAGAGGGAGAUGGAGGGAGCAGGAGAAGAGUGCUGUCCGAGGAGGAGCUAUGGGCCAGACUGGAUGAGCUGGAAGCGCAGGAGGAGCAGGAAGAGGAGCAUCACCGACGGUUUGACAGUGCAGACACCAAUGGCAACGAUGACACAACAUCCUCUGAGGAAGAGAAGGAGGGAGAUAGCGGCAGCCAUCAUCGUGUCAAUGGACAUGAUGAGAGGAGCAAAGGCAGGGCGUUUGUGCCUUACAACGGCAGCCAACUCAACAGUACAGCUCAGUCAACCAGGGAGGGGGAGGAGGAGGAGGAAGAUGAAGCAGAGGAGGAGGAAGGCGACUGUUUGCCUACCAUCUAUUUCUCUCAUACGGUGGAACCUAAGAAGGUGAGGAUAAACACAGGGAAGAACACCAUGUUGAAGUUCAGUGAGCUGAAAGAACAGAAGCAGCAAGCCAAGAGGAAAAAGAAGAACGGCACCAGCAAUGGUCACUCUCACCACGGGCUCCACAACAUCACUACACCCACAGACCUCUACAGGUUGUUUGUGGAUGUGAAGAACGGCGAGCCCAUCCCCAGGAAGUCAAUCUUGAAGUCCCGGAGCAGAGAGAGCAGUGUGUGUAGUGACACCAGUGAGAGCAGCGCUGCCGACUUCGAGGAGCGGCGGACGUUUGGACGCACUCUGAGCCAUGACGAGAACACAUACAGCGACACCAGUGACGGCAUCACGGAGGAGGACAGCCCCACCGGGGUCCUCCUACAUCCCACCAGCAGCUUUCAGGCCUUUUCAGGCACGGUGGUUGAGAAGGAGCCCAUUCCCUUGUCGAUCCCCCAAUUCACCAUUGCUCUGCCAGCGCUGCCCACCAUCCCAGAGAGGAAACUGGAGGAGGUGGCCCCCGAGGCCCCCCGAGAGGCCCCAAAGAGGGUGUCCAAGUUCAAAACUGCCCGGCUGCAGCAGAAGUGACCCAGAAGAGCCAGUCUCCAGGAUCCACACUACAGGCUCCUUUUUUAACAUUGAUUUUCUAUGCCAACACUUUUUUGAGUUGGACAGACCGUGAACCCACCCUAUGAUCUGCCAUCCCUCUUCUUUUUUUGGCAUCACUCUUCAAGCCUCUCUUCUUCUCUUUCAUAAUGCUUUUCCUGUUAGUACACAUUGCAAUAUAAACAAUUUGCCCAACUUUGUUUCUCAACAAAGCAUAACUUUGUUGAGAAAGCAACCCAACACACUCACUCUUAACCAUUUACCUGCCUUGUAUAAUGGAACAUCAAGCUUUUUAGCAAAUAGCCCCGUUAUUUAUGAAUUAGUACUUCACCGCAAUAUGUUUUUAAGUAAAGAGGUAGUUUAUUUAGAGCCCUCAUCCUCCAACAUUAUGGCACUACAUUAGUCAACACUGCCUAGGUGUACAUUUUAUGGUGGUUGAUCUUGUGUCAGUGUCUUGACUAUACUCUGACAAAGCCAGUAGUUUACAACUCUAUUCAUUGUUUGAUCCAUGAUUUUGCCUGCUAUGCUAAGACGACAUACUCUGCAUCAUUCAAUUUAUUUUUGCCUUUUCCUUUCUUAAUUAUUCUACGACAGGGUCAGAUGUCAACUUCCCUUUAUUUCCUCAAAUCCCCUUGUACCUGCCUAUUGAAUGUAUGUCCACCUCUGUGACCAGCUUUAUGUCAAAAAUAAAUAUUGUUGUAAACUGGAAUUAAAAUAAAAGAUUUUUGGACAAAGUCA